AUGUUUGUAAGGGGUUGGGGAAGUGUAGGAAUAACUCUGCCAAGUGGGAAUAUGGCAACCCUAUUCAGGAAGAGGUCUAGAAGUCAAGGAAUCUUUCUAAGGGUAGUUAGGACUUGGAAGAAUGAAUCAGAGGAACAGGUUUUGAAACAAGGUUCUUUCCAAAGGUUAUGCCUCUCGGAUAUAAGCAUUCCUAGCUCCCCUCAGGCCAUUGAAGAUCUUUCCAUUUCCCUGGUUGGCCCAAAGCUUUACACAUUCACCCUAGAGGAGCUAAGGGAAGCAACACAUAAUUUCUCAUGGAGUAAUCUUCUUGGUGAAGGAGGGUUCGGGCCUGUGUAUAAAGGUUUUGUUGAUGACAAACUUAGACCUGGUUUGAAGGCUCAGUCUGUAGCUGUGAAACAACUGAACUUGGAUGGCUUCCAAGGUCACAGGGAGUGGCUGGCGGAGAUUAUAUUUCUUGGACAGCUGAGGCAUCCACAUCUUGUUAAGUUAAUUGGUUACUGUUGUGAGGAGGAGCACAGGCUUCUUGUGUAUGAAUACAUGGCUAGAGGCAGCUUGGAGAAUCAACUGUUUAGAAGAUACUCUGCUGCCUUACCAUGGUCAACUAGAAUGAAGGUUGCAUUAGGUGCAGCUAAGGGUCUGGCCUUCCUUCACGAAGCAGAUAAACCUGUAAUAUACAGAGAUUUCAAAACUUCAAAUAUCUUACUAGACUCGGAUUACACAGCUAAAUUAUCAGAUCUUGGGCUAGCAAAAGAUGGUCCUGAAGGGGAAGAUACACAUGUAACAACAACAUGCAUAAUGGGAACCCGAGGCUAUGCUGCUCCUGAGUACAUAAAGUCAGGUCACCUUUCCACCAAGAGUGAUGUGUAUAGUUAUGGAGUGGUUUUGUUGGAAUUGCUUACAGGAAGAAGGGUAGUGGAUAAGUGCCGACCCAAUAGAGAACGAAGCCUUGUGGAAUGGGCAAGGCCUCUUUUGAGAGAUCAAAGAAAGCUGCACCAUAUAAUAGACCCAAGAUUGGAAGGGCAGUUUCCUACGAAAGGAUCUUUGAAGGUUGCUGCGUUGACCUAUAAAUGUUUGAGUCACCACCCCUAUACACGGCCAACUAUGAGUGAUGUGGUUAAGAUAUUAGAGUCUCUUCAGGAUUUUGACGAUGUGAUCAUAGGACCAUUUGUGUAUGUAGCGGUGAGUGAAAGUAGCCAUUGA